AGAGACAUAGUGAGCUGCUGCUCAUAUGUAGCUGGGGAUUAGCAUGAACAUAAAAUUCCUCGUCAGCAAGCAGUCAGUCAAUUAGGGGAAUGGAAUAAUGAUGCUUUGUUAAAUCCUGUCGGGUUUUCAAGCAUCGAUGAUGACCAGGUAAAAUAAACCUAAAAAGCCAUCUCUGCCCUCCCCUGCUCCUCCCCUCCCUUCCCCUGUCUUCUAGACACACACACACACACGCCUCCGCAAUCAUCCUCUCUGUCCAUUGCACCCUCCAAUCGCUUCACCCAUCUCUGCUUCACUCCCAGGUCUCUCUCUUUUCGUUCUGCUUGUUUGGUUGCUGGGAAAAAGAUUCAAUGGGGACUGCCUCGUCAAUGCUAACUCAGUAUGACUUAGAAGAGGUUCAACUACACUGCCAUAAUCUAUUCUCCCAGCAAGAAAUAGUGUCACUGUAUCAAAGGUUUUGCCAGCUAGAUCGAAAUGCAAAGGGGUUUAUCUCAGCUGAUGAAUUCUUAUCAGUGCCUGAGUUUGCAAUGAAUCCACUCUCUCAGAGGCUGCUUGAAAUGCUUGAUGGUUUGAACUUCAAGGACUUCGUUGCCUUCUUAUCUGCUUUCUCUGCUAAAGCAAAUAUGGAGCAGAAAAUUGCACUUAUUUUCAAAGUAUAUGACUCGGACGGGAAUGGAAAAAUAUCUUUCAACGACAUGCUAGAAGUUCUUCAGGAUUUAUCUGGUGUAUUCAUGUCCAAUGAGCAAAGAGAGAAAGUCUUGAUCCAAGUUUUGAAGGAGGCUGGUUACACAAGGGAAUCAUAUUUAAUGCUGGAUGACUUCAUUAAGAAUAGGGUCAAAGAGAGUGAGGAUACAUGCAUCUCUAUGAGCACCAAUAGGUUUUUGGAAAUUCUGGCCUAAAACUGGAGGUCGAAGUCCCAGUUGACUGAGCAACCCAGCAGUCUCUCCAUGCUGAAUGUACGGAAAACGACCCUCUACUACAGUCAUUGUAUAUGGAGGACUGCAAGUAAUAUUGGCAUGACACACACUUGUAAUAAUGUCUUAUAUCCUUGAGGAAUAAUCUUGAGCAGCCUUGUGUAUUGGAAUAAUCUUUUGGCUUCCUUGUAAAUGGUUCGUUAUCACAAUGAAAUUUUCCAGUCUCUAAUGGUAUGAUCAGCAUUUAGCAGUUUACAAAUUCU